GAGCUGUUUUCCGCUCCCCAUACCCUGGGCUAUUCCAGCCUGGGGCUGCCAGGGAGGCUGCGGGUUCGUUGGGCCCGCCUUGCCGAGCCAAGCUAGAGAAAUGAUCCCCGCCUCGCAGCGUGUCGUUUGAGAAGGGGCAGCCCUGGCUGGGUGGCAGGCCAGCCGCGGCGCGGGACGCGGGCCAGAAGGGGCGUAUCGUCGUCCCUUGCUGCUGCUGAAUGUCGACUCCAGACGAUGCGGAGAGGCUCUCGCCGCUCGCCCAGAGAUGGCCCCGCGCGAGCAAGUUCCUCCUGUCGGGCUGCGCGGCCACCGUGGCCGAGCUAGCAACCUUUCCCCUCGACCUCACAAAAACUCGACUUCAAAUACAAGGAGAAGCCGCCCUUGCUCGGUUGGGAGAUGGUGCAGCAGAGUCUGCUCCAUACAGGGGCAUGGUACGCACCGCCCUAGGGAUUGUCCAGGAGGAAGGCUUUCUAAAGCUCUGGCAAGGAGUGACACCCGCCAUUUACAGACACAUAGUGUAUUCUGGAGGUCGAAUGGUCACUUAUGAACAUCUCCGUGAAGUUGUAUUUGGCAAAAGUGAAGAUAAGCAUUAUCCCCUUUGGAAAUCAGUGAUUGGAGGGAUGAUGGCUGGUGUUGUUGGCCAAUUUUUAGCCAACCCCACUGACCUAGUGAAGGUUCAAAUGCAAAUGGAAGGAAAAAGGAAACUUGAAGGAAAACCACUGCGAUUUCGUGGUGUGCAUCAUGCCUUUGCAAAAAUCUUAGCUGAAGGAGGAAUUCGUGGGCUUUGGGCAGGCUGGGUACCCAAUAUACAAAGAGCAGCGCUGGUGAAUAUGGGAGAUUUAACCACUUAUGACACAGUAAAACACUACUUGGUAUUGAACACUCCACUUGAGGACAACAUCGUGACUCACGGCUUAUCAAGUUUAUGCUCUGGACUGGUAGCUUCUAUUCUGGGAACACCUGCUGAUGUCAUCAAAAGCCGAAUAAUGAAUCAACCACGAGAUAAACAAGGAAGGGGCCUUCUGUAUAAAUCAUCUACUGACUGCUUGAUUCAAGCUGUUCAAGGAGAAGGAUUCCUGAGUCUCUAUAAAGGAUUUUUACCAUCUUGGCUUCGAAUGACCCCUUGGUCACUGGUGUUCUGGCUUACUUAUGAAAAAAUCAGAGAGAUGAGUGGAGUCAGUCCAUUUUAAGCCCUUAAAGAUACAGUGUUCAGUAUCAUUGAAAUGCGGGCAUCUGCAACACACACCCCCUAUUAUUUCUACCUCUUUAGGAAGACACCUUACUCCACAGAGACUGUGAUUUAUAGGGGGCAGCACUUUAUUUUUACCUGGAAACCCAAGUUCUCUUUGACUCCUCUUUUUGUUCACAAGCAAUCUGAUUGGAUCACACAAGACAACCCAAUGAGACCCCAGCACAGCAUUUUCUAAGGAAGGAUCAAAUCCUGACCACUUAACUUGAGCGAGAAGAUUCAAGCUUUGAGAUGCUAUGCUCUAGAGCCUGCUUAGAGGAGAAAGUGCCAGAAGGGAGACAGCAUCUCAGACCUGAAGUGGACAGUAGGGAUGUGGAAAAAUACAUCCGUACAUAGGGACCAAGGAAUAUACUUAACGUGUUGUGUCAGUAUUUACAACUGAAAUCUGAUAAUUCACUUUUCUAUUGUCAUUAAAGUGCAUAUACUAUAAACUGAAGGGAGGUGAAUGAAGAAACAUUUUGAGUUUCCCUAGUGUUGAAGGAGGUUGAUGCACCUUUUCUUGCCAGGAGAGUGAAAAAAAAAAGUCUGGAUCUCAAGGGAAGAAGCCUCAUUCCCUCAGUGCCCUGUGAUCUGUGCUCCUUGGUUAGGUCUCUGCCACAUCGGCUAAAGACUUCCUGACAGCCACAGACCACAUCUGAAUGAAAACAGAAAAGAAUGUCUGCUUUGUCACUAGCUCUCAAGAAUCUCCAUAUAUGAAAAACGGGGCUUAUUUGAUUAAAGCUCAGGUGGACAGGUCCUUUUAAUAAAGAAACAUCUGGUAUCAUCAGUCUCUCAGUGGCAUUUAACAGCAAAGGUAACAUGAGGUCAGCCGACAUACAGCCUCUCUUAAUCCCCCCUUCCCUAACUCUAAGGGCCUGAGAGAGAGGGAGGGAGAACUCAGAAAUCACACGAAAGCUGUCUUACUCAGUCUGACAAAGCUUCCUGCCUAAAAAGUGAUUGUAUAAACUGCCUGUGGUACACAGUUAUGUCUCCAGUCACUGAAUCAUAUCCCAUUUCUUAGAAAGGUGAGAGAUUUCUUCACAUUCACCUCCGUGGCACCUGUUCCCCCAGCCUCAGACACUGGGCAUUUCUGGAUGGAUAGCUACAGUUAUGGGAAAAGCCUGUAACUGUCAAAAUAGGAAAACUCCAAAAGCUCAGACCCAAGAGAGACACUGGCGCUGACCAAACAGGAUGUAUCAUGGGUAUGAAUGAUGUUGAAGGGAAAAAAGUUUACAAGUGCUCUGUGGUUGCCCUAAUGUAUAAUCACUGCCAUUUAAGAGGGAACGUAUACUUUAAAAUAUAUUAAUGUGAUGUACUAAUAUGUAGUGGCUUAUUUUUUUAAUAGAAUUUACAGAACGUGGAGUUUAAUCUCUUAAAAUCAUUAGGCGGUCUACUUUUCCAUUGUAUUUGUCAACCUGUAUGAACUGUUGUUAAAUAUACUUAAAAUAAUAAUAUGUACUUAAGUUCUCAAAUUAUCUGUAUUGGAACCACUUUAGGAAACUUUGUUUUUUGUGUGUAUUUUAUCAUUUUGUAAACCAAGUAAAUAUUAGAUCAAAAUAAUUAUAUGCAAACUGGACCAUGGAAAAAUUUAUUUAACUUUAUUCUUUGAGGGGCUUGAGGUGAAAGCAUUGCUUACAUAGUGAGACUAUUCCUUGAUGUCUGGAUUGGAAUGAUUGGAUUUAAAAAAAAAAAACCUGAAAUGACUCCUUGGGAUGGUCUGGUUUAACUGUCUUAUUUUCUAUGUUAGGAGACUGAGGCCUGGAGAAGUAGAGUUGUUCAUGCUCAUAAUUUAUUCAGUAGCAGAAUCAGGAUAAAAAUACAGAUCUUCUAAUUAUCGUUACCACUGACAGUGUAUAGUUGUUAUACACUAAUUAGGUACUGAGUAAAUGUCUCAUGGCAUUUUUGUAACAUCCCAGUCCAGGACUAUUGAAUCUUCCAAGAACAGGAUUUUCUUUAUGGCAUUUUUUUUGUCAUAGACAUUUUAAAUGAAUUUGAAUUGCCUUUGGCAUACAUUCUAGAAUGGAGUCUAAAACACUUCAGCUAAAACAUGAAGACCCCCAAGAAUCUGACCAAAUCCUGUAGAUGACACGUAUAUCCUAGCACAGUCAUGCUUUUCCAGUGAAAUCAUUUUCAUUAAUGUAUCUUGGAACUUUGCUUUAUUUUACCACCUUGAAAUUGUCUUGUUCCUCUCCGGAAUAACCCACAGUAAAUAAAAAGAAAGAACUUCAGUAAUUUUGUAACUUAACACUUAACACUUGAGUCUCACUUAACACUUCAGUCUCACUUUCUUGUAACAUAACUGUGCUCGGUGUUUAUCUUCAGCUCAGUAUCAAUAAUACUUAACCUCUAAGUUUCUUUUGCUUAGCUUCCACUUUUUCCCCCUUCCCAAAUGAUUUUUUUCUCAUUGAAAAAAUAUAUGUGUUCUUAUUUUUAAUUAUAUACAGUUCUUUGUUCUUUAUAAGUGAAUUAGCAUAUAUCUAAAUAGAGAACAUUUCUUAAAUUUGCUUUCAGUGAGGAAUAAUGUAUCUUCAUCAAGUGCUCCAAAUCCUAUUUUAAUUAUAAGCCACUAGUGGUAGGGCUAGUAGCAUUUAUUUGCCAUUAGGUACUCAACAAAAUUUACAGAUGGUAUGAAUCAAAUAAUUUUGUCUUCAUUAUUUGAAGAUCUGUGACUGUCAAGAGACUAGUCUGAAAUUUCUUUCAUUGUGCUAAGAAAAAAGGAAGGAAACAAAUUCAAGGAAGUCUUAAAUGAGAAACUGAUUUUCUGUCAUCUUUAAAUUUUUAGACAUAACCACUUAUGUAUGAAAACAGAUUCCCUUAGGACCUCUAUUGGAAAAAUCUUUCAUUUGAUACUUGUUGGUUAAAAAAAUCUUUUAAUACUUGGUGGUUACUUGAGGGUGAAAAUAUUUGAUGCUCUUCUCCUCAGUUAAACCAGAACUCUUUUAAAAAUGAUUUCCCCAAAAUACAUAUAUUAUUGAAUGCCAGGAAAUGUGGAGAAAAGGCUGAACUUGGAUUCUCAAGACCUUUAUCCUAUUGGGUUGGUCAAAAAAGUUCAUUUGGGUUUCUCCAUAACGUGGUGUGGAAAAGCCCAAAUGAACUUUUUGGCCAACCCAACAUUUGGGGUUCUACUUCUGACAAAGUAGUAUAAUCAAGUCCCUUCAUUUCUCUUGAUGGUCCAUUUCUUUUUAAGAUGAAGUGGUUGAACUCUUGAAUCUUGCACAUAUACUUGAAGAGGGUCAUUAUAUUAAUGUCAUGUUAAAAAAAGAAAAGAUUUUUAAAAAUUAUUGGGAUUUUCUUUUUCCUGGAUUUACUUAAUUUCUCAUGUUUUACGAUGAGGAAAGUUUUAUUCAGGACUUAGAGCAGAAUACAAGCUUUUUAUGUGGCUGGAAAUCCUUCAACUAGCAGCAGACACAUCAUCCUUCAGGCAACAGUGGGCAUGUCAUCCCACCUUCUUAUGUUCAGUUACUCCUUCACACACGCACAAGAAAAAUUAAAAUCUUUCAUAGUGUACCCAGGCCCCUCUCAACCUGGCUUCAACCCAUUUUUCCAACAUUUGCAUUUCACUGCACACCCACACUCAACCUCCUCACAAAUGCAUCGCCCCUGAAGACGUUCUUCAUUUGGCAGCUUCCCAGGCAAUGUUCAUUUUGUGCUCUUUGCCUAACAUUCUUGCCCACCACUACUACCCAUUCGUCUUCACUUUAACAUCUAGAAUGAUCUCUGAAGACCUGAAGACCUUCAACACCUCUGUUCCUAUGGCUUCCCCUCCUGCGGAUGUCUGUCUGUCUGCAUGGACGUGAGUCUGCUUCCCCUCGAUGAAUGAACUCUUGCAAGCAAGGACUGUCUCUGUUUCUCUUUAAAACUUCAAAUAGAAGUCAAUUAGAAGGAAUCCGUUGAAUUCAGAGAUUGGGUGGGGGUGGGUGGAGAGAAAAAAGCAUGUACACGUGUAAGUCAUAUGCUGUAUUCUUCCUACCUUAUGGAUAAUUAUAUCAGGUCAGUAACACUCGAUUUCAUGCAGUUCCUUACCAUAUGCAGUGCUUAACUGCAUUUUCAAAAGAUCAUGUGUCUUUAAAUGGGUAAUUUUAAAGAAGUAGUCAUCAGUUUAAUAGCUGUCCUACAAAAAUCUAGAACUUGAUAGUUUUAAAUACAAAAUAUUUGGUUGGAUGAUGAGCAGUUAAUAAAUAUGUGAUAUGUUUAUAUUAUCCUUCCUUUUAGAGUGUGUAUGAAAAUUCUGUCACUAUUUGUAUGUACAUUUUACCCAUUCAAGUGUUUUAUUAUUUCUGAAUUCUGAGGAGUAUGUGAUUAUUUUUCUCUCCCCACACUUUACCCCUAGUGGGCUGCUGUGAUUGUCAACAGCAGCAGGAUCCACUUUGAAGGUUUGAUAAAAGCAGAUGAAGAGGCUUAAAGAUGUCUGUUUGCUGAAAAUAUCUGGUAACAAACAGGAAAAUAUGUGAGUAAAUAUAGCGCAUCAUUCUGAUUUUUAAAAUAAAUGCUUUAAAAUGCCUAA